AUGAGAUGCGAAAACUUUUAUUGUAGUUUAGUGCUAAUACUUUGGUUUAGUAACAUUUGCACACCAAAUAUAUAUAAUAAUAUUUUAAAUGAUAUCACAAAACUUGGUUUAGUAAAUGUUUUACAAGAAACAUUUCGGGCACAAGUUCCCAAAAAUAAUGAAAUCUUUGAUUUCAUUGUCGUGGGUAGCGGUGCGGCUGGUAGUGUCGUAGCGAACAGAUUAUCAGAAAAUCCUAAAUGGCGCAUAGCUUUAUUGGAAAGUGGAGGUAUAGAAAAUAUUGCUCAUGUUAUACCAGCCUUGGCAGCUUAUAUGUCUAUAACGUCUAGCAAUUGGAAUUAUGGCUCCGUGCCUCAGAAACGUGCAUGCUUUGGCAUGCAUAAAAACAUUUGUUUGCAACCGAGAGGUAAAGUCUUAGGGGGCACCAGUUCCAUCAAUUUUAUGAUCUACAAUCGUGGCAAUCGUCGCGAUUAUGACAGUUGGGCAGCAGCCGGUAACCGCGGAUGGGCGUAUAGCGACGUUUUGCCUUAUUUUCUAAAAUCGGAACGAGCUAAUCUGGAUGGUUUAGAGUACACGUCAUAUCAUAAUCGCAAUGGUUCCUUAAAUGUAGAAUAUCCCCGUUACCGUAGUCAAUUAGUUGAAGCUUUUGUUACGGGCAGUGAACAAGCUGGCCACCCUCGAACAGACUACAACGGUGAAUCUCAGAUAGGCGUCUCCUAUGUUCAGUCUACGACAAACAGCGGUCGACGUAAUAGUGCUUAUCGCGCUUUCAUUGAACCUAUUAUGCAACGUCGCAAUAAUUUACAAAUUUUUAUAUUUUCUCGCGUUACUAAAAUAUUAAUUGAUCCAACAUUGAAGACAGCUUACGGCGUCGAAUUUGUAUACAACAACAAAUCUUACGCAAUCAAAGCUCGUAAGGAGGUCGUAAUAUCAGCGGGAACAUUUAAUUCUCCGCAACUUCUUAUGCUUUCUGGAGUGGGUCCUCAAAACAUUUUAUCAAAGCUUGGUAUACCAGUAAUCAAAGACUCGCCUGUAGGAGUGCGCAUGUAUGAACAUGCAUCACAUUUUGGUCCCACGUUUUUAACCAAUACCACUGGACAAUCUCUAUUUACUGCCAAUGUAAAACCGCUUGAUGUUGUCCAUUUUUUGGCAGGUAGGCCGGAUACAAUGCUUUCUACCUUAGCGGGCGUAGAAGCUUUAACCUUAAUAAAAGUUCCUAUUUCAAAAAUUCCCAACGACUGGCCGGAUGUAGAGCUUAUAUUUGCCUCUGGAAGUUUAGCUUCUGACGAAGGUACUGCUUUAAAAAUUGGUGCUAAUUUCAAAGAUGAAAUUUAUAACCAAUUGUAUCGUGACAUAGAACGAAGACGUCAGGAUCACUUUACAGUUUUAGUGAUGCCUUUUCAUCCAAAGUCUAUGGGCCGCCUUUGGCUGAGAAGUAAAGAUCCACUACAGUGGCCUAUUAUAGAUCCGAAUUACUUUGCCGAGAGCAAAGAUGUAGAAUUCAUGCUACAUGGCAUUAAAGCAGCCAUAGCUAUAUCCCAGACACCGGCCAUGCAAAAAAUUGGCACACGCCUUCUACCUAUUCCCGUACCGGGCUGCGAAAGUUUUCAAUUCGCCUCCGAUGAUUAUUGGCGAUGUUCCAUCCGCACGAUGACAUAUACACUUCAUCAUCAGGUAGCUACAUGUCGUAUGGGUCCAACCAACGAUUCGACUGCUGUGGUCAGCCCUGAAUUAAGAGUGCACGGUAUACAAAAGUUACGCAUCAUCGAUUCAAGCAUAAUACCUUUCCCGCCUACUGCUCAUACCAAUGCCCCCGCUUUUAUGAUCGGAGAAAAGGGGGCCGAUUUAAUACGAACGACUUGGAAAGAUGAAAUGUAA